GUCAACAGUGCCAACAGAUUUGCUCGGAUAGUGUAAAAAGAUUGACGGUGUCCAUGGUAACCUACAUAGAACGUCACAACGGUUGACGUUCUAUGCAGGUUUAAAAUAGAAUCGGUUGAAGGUUCGAUUUCGGUUUGCCCACCAUUUUGACCUGUAAACAUUGUGACUCAUGUAACCUUAGCAGCUGGAAAUAAAUACAACAUAUUAUCUAAAAUUAAACUCUUUCAACAGUAAGUGUAUAAGUAUAUUAAGACAAGUUUAAGUGCAAACUUGCUUGCUUGUCCAGAAUGACAUACUGUGCAUUAACACUUAAAGGCACAUCAUGAAAAAUAAUGUCAUAGUUGUAUUGUUUUAAUUUAUCCAUAAAUAGCAAACAACAGUUUCAAAUAGGUUUAUUUUAAGAUUUUACCAUUUGUGCAUUAUGAGUUAAAAACCUAUAUGACUGUAUGUAAUUCUAUAUUGCAAAACACUGUAUCCUGAUACAUCUCUCUGGAAAAUUUGUUACUAUAUCAAAUAACCACAUGACUUUCGAGUCAUAUUACUAUAAAUCUGUCCUGCUCAUUGAUUUGCAAUGUUGUCCACAAUGGCCUUAUGCAACCAGAGAUGUUACAGCCACCAGUAUAAACAGUAUCACAAUAAACAAUCACUGAUGGUUGACUAAUUUAUAUCAUCCACACCCCGUGGGCAGUGUGCUAUUUCUUAGGAUAUAAUAAAUAAACAAAUUCACAAAUUCUUACUCUAAAGUAUGACAAGCUGUCAUACUUUUCUUUUGUUAUUAUAAACUGCAUAUGGCUCUGAAUAUUGUCAAACAUAUCAAAAAGACAUUUCUACAAGUGAGGGUGGCUCUCAGCUGUCAUAAACACACAAUGCACUCUUUCAUGACUCCCUUCAAACAGAGCAUUAAUGCAGGUGUCUUCACAACAUGCAUUCAGUGUAAACUACCUUUAGGGUGUGUACCCUUUGGACCAUGCUGCAGCAUAAACAGCUCCAAAGUCUGCCAGAUAAUAUGCUCGUGUAUUUCACCACUGUGUUCACUGUUAUACCACCACUGAACUUACUUCUAGUGUAACUUAACCCUCUUUUUUUUUUUUUUUUUAACACCCAGUGGGUGGGUGGGGGGCAGAGACAAACAAGCAGCUGGUCAGUGGUUUGAUAUGUCCUGUGGUCCAUUCAAGUCAAUCAUUACACACAGGGUACACAACCCAAGUCAGUGUCUGGUCAGAUUUUUGCAGCACUGCCUGACUGCUGAGCUGGAGCACAUAUAACAGGCUUCCACAGGACUCCACAGGCUUUAUAUCCCCUUUACAACCUUCACAGGCAAUUUCUGCUCAGACCCGCUGAACUGUCCAUGGCCCGUGUGCUCUCCCUGUUCCGGCCUCAGCCUUUUCUGUCCCUGGUGGGCAGGAGAAAACCUACCCUGUGCAAAAUGUCAAUGGACUCACGGGCACGUGGGGUGUUUGCAGCUGCGGUGGAAGCUGUGCAGCCAGACACUGUGGUGCGGCAGAGUUUAGAGCGCAAGGAGGACUCAGUCGUUAUCGAUGGUCACAAAUUCAUACUCAAACACAACCUGCACUUGGUGGGCUUUGGAAAAGCUGUACUGGGUAUGGCUGCCGAGGCAGAGAGGAUUGUGGGGGAUCACUUAGUGAAAGGAAUAAUAAGCGUGCCACAUGGGAUUCAGCAGACAUUACAGCAGCAUGGGAAACAUCAUCUGUUGUUAAAAGAAAACAGUCGUAUCAAAGUAAUGGAGGGAGCUAAACACAACUUACCUGACGCUGAUGCCCAGAAGGCAGCUGAAGGGAUCAAGCAGUUGGCCAGUGAACUGACGGAGAAAGACCUGCUGCUUGUACUGAUUUCAGGUGGAGGCUCUGCGUUACUACCUGCGCCCAUGCCGCCAAUUUCGUUGCAAGAGAAACUGGAUGUUACCCGCAAACUUGCAGGUGCUGGCGCCACGAUUCAAGAAUUGAACACUGUGCGACGGGCCCUGUCUUUCUUAAAGGGUGGAGGGCUUGCAAACUGUGCUCACCCUGCCCAGGUGAUUGCACUGAUAUUGUCUGAUGUGAUUGGGGACCCUCUGGACUUGAUAGCCAGCGGCCCCACAGUGCCGAGUGAGGUGUGGCCUGAAGAAGUUUUAUCAGUCCUUGAACGUUACAAACUGUUGAACUCUCUACCAGCCUCAGUAAAGGAUGUCCUUGGGAGACUAAGUCCCCGGGAUAAUACUGAUGAAUCUACCACGCCAGGACAUGUUCUCAAUGCUGUGAUUGGCUCCAACAGUGUUGCUCUCAAGUGCGCAGGUCGCCGGGCUCGAGAGCUAGGUUUCCGCCCUGUUGUUCUGGCACCAGGAGUGUGUGGCGAUGUAAGGUCAGUCUCCAGGCUGUACGGCCUCCUGGCCCGAUUUGCUUGUUCUCGAGUGGAACCUCCUCCAGAGAUUGCCGCUGAGAUGCUGAGACUGGGGCCCGAAGUGGGCGUGGAGAGCUGGGACCUCUGCCGUACCAUGCAGGUCUUGGAAGAAGGACGUACAGAAGGAUGGGGUGCCACGUGUCUGUUAGCCGGAGGUGAGCCCACUGUGGAGCUGACAGGAAAGGGUCGAGGUGGUCGAAAUCAGGAGCUGGCCCUGCGAGUGGGGCUGGAGCUGAGAGGGCUGGAGCUCCCGCCUAAUGGUCCUGUCUUCCUGAGUGGUGGGACUGACGGUCAGGAUGGACCAACAGAGGCAGCAGGGGCUAUCACUGAUGGGGGGUUGUAUGGAGAGGCACAAGCACAGGGGCUGGACAUCGACAACUUCCUUACCAACAACGAUUCUUACACUUUCUUUACACGUCUCUCUGCCGGGCAGCGCUUACUCGUGCCUGGCUUAACCUGCACCAAUGUGAUGGAUGUGCACAUGCUACUUAUUCCACCAAUUCCCAUUAACAUAAGUUAACUGGAGCACACAAAACAAAGUGAUUGUAGUCCAGUGGAUCUGGAUAAAUACCCAGAUAAAAGUACUGUCUGUCUGUCUUUGGCAGUGUAGUUUUUUGGCCCAUAUCUGUGAAAAGACUGGUAUUUCUAUAUUAAGUUCUAACGGCCACAAAGUUUAAGAUCAUCAGCAUCAAGCUUUCAGCAGGGAACAAAAAGCUUAUAAAUAGUGGACUUGCUACUCCUACUCUAGCAAAAGAGACAUCAAUGACAUCGGUACUUUCAAACAACAAAUGUAAUAUCAGUAUUUUCACAAAACCUACAGUCUCUUUUUCAGCUUUGCUGCUGUUUUUUUCAGGUAAUUCAAGGUACCUAAAUUAGCUGAUGGUUUUGUUGUUUGGUUGAUUUAACAAUGACUGUGUACAUCAUUAAACAAGUCUGUAAAUACACACAGCAGUACACUAUACUGUACUACAGACUUGUCUUUACCAUUAUAACAGUUAUAAUAUCUGACUGUAAGAUGGCUCAUACAUUGCCCACAGAAAGUGUUCAACCCCUUUUGACUUUUUCAUGUGUUAUUAUUUUACAUUAAAUCACAGUGGCUUUAACUACGAUUUUUAAUACAUAUUAACAAAAAAGACUAAUUUCCAAAGCUAAAUAAAUAUGUACUGAGCGCAAAUAUAUGUAUGUUUGCCUUCCUCAAGCAAAGAGGCACCAUUGGCAGCAAUUACAGCCUUGAGUCUACCCAACAUGGAUAGGCUGGUUUUAGCUUUGCACAUGUUAAUGCUGCACUUUUUUACCCACUGUUGAUCCUUUUAGAUACAUUUAGCAAAAAUCAGUUGUUACACCUUGAUAACACACAUGAUUUUCAUUCAAAUUCUGCACUUCAGGUAUGUUAUAAAUGGGGUGAAUGAGUUUCUGUAAUCAAUUGUUUUGUAAUUUAUGUACUUAAUUUAGGAGGAGUAGAAGAAAAACAUGAAAAAGUCAAAGGUAGGGUGAAUAUUUUAGACGGACACUGUAUCUUCCUUCCAGUGCAUACCAGGCUCCUUACAUGUUAUAAGAAACACAUUGGUUGUUUAAGUUUUAUGGAAAAUCAAUGAAUAUGUAAAACAUGAACUGCUUUUCAUGGCUCUGUAUUCUAACAGACCAUGUGCUUUAUUUAUGAAAUAGCAGUGAUAGAAAUGACCCUGUCCACGUCAAAUAAUCUUCUUAAUCAUAACUGGGUACAUGCACAUCAUUCACUUAUCCCUCUUGUGGCAUUUCAGGAUUACCAUUAAAAAAAUAUCCACAUUA